CCCCCUGCGUUCCCGCCCCGGCGCAGGCACGUCGCCCGGCGUCCUCGCUCCUGGGGCGUCGCCCCGCGUGUGCCGGCGUCGGCGAGGCUGGUCCUGGCACCGGAAGUGGCCGUGGCGGGUUUGCCUUCAAAUUCUCGGCGAGCAGAAGCGGCUCCGGGGUCUGCUGACGGCGGAACCCGGCAGCGCCGGGCCCGUGAGUGAGCUGGGGGCUGAGGGCUGGGCUGGCCUCCUUCCUGGCCGCCGGGAGCCCCGCUGGCCCGUCCUCCCCGCCCGGCGGGGCACGGUUCCCGAGGCGCCUCGGGUCCGCUUACAGCUGAGCAUGAGUCUUCUUAUGAUUAGUGAGAAUGUAAAACUGGCUCGUGAAUAUGCAUUGCUGGGAAACUAUGACUCUGCGAUGGUCUAUUAUCAGGGAGUUCUUGACCAAAUGAACAAGUAUCUGUACUCAGUCAAAGAUACGUACCUCCAGCAAAAAUGGCAGCAGGUUUGGCAGGAAAUAAAUGUGGAAGCUAAACAUGUUAAGGAUAUCAUGAAAACACUAGAGAGCUUUAAACUAGACAGCACUCCCUUGAAAGCUGCGCAGCAUGAGCUUCCGGCCUCUGAAGGAGAAGUCUGGUCCUUGCCUGUGCCUGUUGAACGGAGACCCUCACCUGGACCUAGAAAACGCCAGUCUCCUCAGUACAGUGACCCCAAACCACAUAGUCACCGCCCAAGUACAGCUGUCAGAGUUCACCGCCCAUCUGCACAGAAUCUGCACAAUGACAGAGGGAAAGCUGUUCGCUGUCGUGAAAAGAAGGAACAGAAUAAAGGAAGAGAAGAAAAGAACAAAUCACCUGCUGCAGUUACAGAACCAGAGACAAAUAAAUUUGAUAGCACUGGAUAUGACAAGGACUUAGUAGACGCUUUGGAAAGAGAUAUAAUUUCUCAGAAUCCCAAUGUCCGAUGGGAUGAUAUUGCUGAUUUAGUAGAAGCUAAAAAGUUGCUUAAAGAAGCUGUGGUAUUACCAAUGUGGAUGCCAGAAUUCUUUAAGGGCAUUAGAAGACCAUGGAAAGGAGUGUUGAUGGUUGGCCCACCUGGCACAGGAAAAACCCUCCUUGCUAAAGCAGUGGCUACAGAAUGCAAGACAACGUUCUUCAAUGUCUCUUCAUCAACUCUGACUUCCAAAUACAGAGGAGAGUCUGAGAAGCUUGUUCGUCUGCUGUUUGAAAUGGCUCGAUUUUAUUCUCCAGCCACUAUAUUUAUUGAUGAGAUAGACUCCAUUUGUAGCCGCAGAGGGACUUCUGAAGAGCAUGAAGCAAGCAGAAGAGUGAAAGCAGAGCUGCUGGUUCAGAUGGAUGGUGUUGGAGGUGCUUCUGAAAAUGAAGACCCUUCCAAAAUGGUUAUGGUUCUGGCAGCUACAAAUUUUCCCUGGGAUAUAGAUGAGGCUUUACGGCGACGUCUUGAAAAACGAAUUUAUAUUCCUUUACCAUCAGCAAAAGGCAGGGAGGAGCUAUUACGAAUAAGUCUGCGUGAGCUGGAAUUGGCUGAUGAUGUUAACCUUGCAAGUAUAGCAGAAAAGAUGGAAGGCUAUUCAGGUGCGGACAUUACCAACGUGUGCAGGGAUGCAUCCUUGAUGGCAAUGAGAAGGCGAAUUGAAGGUUUGACCCCAGAAGAAAUUCGAAAUCUUUCAAGAGAAGAAAUGCAUAUGCCCACCACAAUGGAAGAUUUUGAAAUGGCUUUAAAAAAGGUUUCUAAGUCAGUAUCUGCUGCAGACAUUGAGAGAUACGAGAAAUGGAUAUUUGAGUUUGGAUCAUGCUAAAUUCUCACAUGUAAACUGUGAGAAAUCUGCCUUACAUCUUUGAAAAUAAUUAAAUGUAGUAUUUCAUUGCACUGAGUGCUAUAUUUUUUUAAAGCUUUCAUAAUGAUAAGAUUUUUUAAAAUCCUUGUGAUUCUGAAUAAAGGCAAUUUUUUAAGCUCCAAA